GUACCAACCAAAGACAGACAUCAAAACUGUCAAAACCCUCAGAUGGUCCCUCUAAGAAAAAUCAAGCUGAGUCUGAGAGGUUGCCGCCCACACAAGCUGCUCUCCAUCAAGCCAUACUGAGAGUGCAUUACCAGCUUCUUGUUUGGAACAACGAUCAUGUAGCAAACCCGGUGUUGCCCUCACCAGAAGGCUAUGGAUGGCAAGAUGAAGAUGGAAAGUGGGUACCAGUCAUGACAAAUCUUCCACCAGUUCCAGAGGCAAUUAAACAGCUUGUCCGAUGCAAGUGCGCCAAGUCCCGUUGCUCUAACAACCGUUGUCAGUGUCAAAAAGCCGGACUUGUCUGUACUGAUCUCUGUCUGUGCUCUGAAGAUUGCCAGAACGAGUAUGCUGAGAGUGAUGAUGAGUAUGAUGAAGACGAAGUCGAACAGGAAAUUUCAUAG